CUCAUCACAUGGGCGUUGCCUCCUAGACUAUAAAUUGUUGAAUAAACUUUUCCCAGUCUUCGCGAUCUUCUCUGAGUCCACACUUUUCUACUCAGCCCUCCUCUGCAAACGUGUCUGCAGCCAUGCCUUCUGACCUGGAGACAAGCAUUGAGAACAUGAUUAUGGUGUUCCACCGCUACGCUGAAGAAGAUGGUGACAAAAACACCCUGACCAAAAAGGAGCUGAAAAAACUCCUGGAGAUGGAGCUGUCCUCCUUCCUUAAGAGCCAGAAAGACACAGAGACAGUGAAUAAGAUAAUGAAGGACCUGGAUUCAAACAAAGAUGGCAAGGUGGAUUUUGAAGAAUUUGUGCCCCUGGUCGUUGGCCUCUCGAUUGCCUGUGAGCAGAUGUACAAGUUCCACAAGCAGAAGCCCACCAAGAAGUGAAGGACACAUCCCAAGGACAUAAUGAGAUUUGCUUGGUUAAUUUUUUAGGAUAAGAAUGUAUUGGUGAACAUGUACUGUUUGAACACAAGUAAACACUGAAUUUGACAACCUUUAA